GAAAUUAUAUAAUUCAUAUUACAUAAGUUGUAAAAUUGAGAAGUGGGUUGAGUAUUGGAUAUGAAAAACAACUCAUUUUAUAUUUUAAUAUUCAAAAUUGAGUUUCACAAUUGGAGACAGUCUUUAGUACUGUAGUUGUUUAAAGACCAAAUGAAGACCAUAUUAAAAUUUCACAUCUUUGUUCUCAUUCCCAGACAUCCCAACUUUAGUUUACACACACUUUUCUCUCUCCUCACCUCUUCACUACUCAGUCCACACUCCUCACUACACUACAUAAAACAAAACAAAAACAUCUGAAUCUUUCAACAUUACACUAUUAUCCAAAUUCCAAAGCCUCUCUUCUCAAAAUCCCACUACAAAACUAAAAUUAUUUUCCUCUUUCUCUUUAAAUUUUUAUUUCCUGCAAGAAAGAAGCUUGAAAAAAAAUAAGAAAGCUGCAAAAUUUAAUCUUCAUUUUUGGUGGAUUAAUAUUAUAAAUAUAUAAAAAAAAGUUAAAAAAUUUGAAAAUGGGUGAAGGUGAAAAUUGGGGAUGGCAACCAAGUGGGUCUCCAACAAUGAAUUUGGAGAGAUCAGACGUACAUUGGAGUCAUUUUGACAGUUCUGUAAAUGCAGUUUCAUUUGGUUUUGUUGCUACUGCUGUUCUUAUUUCAAUGUUUCUUGUUAUGGCCAUUUUUGAGAGGUUUCUCCGCCCAAAUCCGCCGGAACCUCCGCUGCCUAGCCGCCGUGACAUUGAAUCCCAACUGGGUUUUCAUUCAAAGCUUGGUUACUCUUCUCCCAAGAUGACAGUUUACUCUCAAGAGCAUCCGGUAUUGAUGCCUGGAGAUAAUAUUCCAACCUUCAUUGCUCAUCCGGUUCCUCUUCCGUGCCCUCCUGACCGCAUCCAUUGGCCACCCUGUAAGUUUAAAUUACCUCUAAAAGGCCCUCAAAAUGCCAGAAGUACCCUGCAAGCUAUUGUACGAGAAUCAGUCUAAAGAUAGAUGGCACAAUAGCACAUAUUGUUGCAAAUUUCUUUUAAAUAUGGACAAUUUUUAGCUCGUACAAUGGAGAUUUUCUUCUCCAUUUGAGUUGUUUACUACUUGUAAAUAGAGCAUCUCGCUCCUUUGGGUAGACUCGCCCUUUCACUUUGAGAGACUGAGGCGAGCAAGGCUUACUGCUUUAAGUUUCUAGGGAUGGAUGAAGUUGCGGAUCAAAUUGAAAUCCCCGCUUGUAAAAAAAUUGGAAUGUGUAAUUGAUAUGUUGAGCACAGGCUGAUUCAAACCAAGUUUUUUGACAUGGUCAGAAAUUAGAGAACCAACAUGAUCUAAACAAUUUUAUUUUAUUUUUUUUUUAUUUUUUUUUUUUUCAUUUCUACUGUGAUUACAUCAUUUCGAAAAUCACAGUUGUAAAUCUUUAUUAUCUGAACACUCUUUCUUGCCGGAGUAUUGAUGUUCAAGGACUGCAUCUACAUUUUCCUUUAAUUAAUUAGGAGUCAUUUUUAGGACAUAAUUUUCUCCAACUUGAGCUAUAUAGGUGAUAUCGUGGACACAAUAUAUACUGUAUGAAUAUAUUAUGCAUAUAUCGCCAAUAAUUCUAAUUAUUUUUUGCAGAUUUUCCAAAUUAUAACUACAGACUUGAUGAAUUAACUACAUGUAUUAUUACUACGUAUCAUUCAUAGGUUU